GAGCGCUUCGCUCUUCCAUGCGAGGAUGUGAAUUUCCGCGGGAGGAUUCAGAGCCGUGCCAUGGUUAUGACCUGCGCGCUCCUCACAGAAAUGGAGGUAAUCCUUCUCCAUGAUUUGUAAUUAUGAAGUUCUCCAGUGACGCGGAAAGAGAGAGGAGCGAGGAAGAGAGCAGCGAGCACGUUGGAGUCGUCUGUGUUUUUGAUGUACGAGUGAUCGUGGACCUCACAGAGAAAGCGUAGAAAGCGUGGCGCCCUUCUGAACGAACCGUAACCUGCUAUGAAUGUGACUUAAUUUGUGAGCAAGCCACAGAGCGUGUUUUUGUUCGUAAAGCACCUGUAGAAUAAUCAGCUCUGUGAAGAGGGUAAUUUCGGUUAGAUGUUCCAAUCAAUGAGAUGACAAUCAGGCGAAAGUUUCAGCGCCGUUCCCCAUAAAACAAACACAGACUUUGGCUGUUGCUAAGAAUAAUAGUAAUAAUAAUCUAAGAACACACUCCCGGGCUAUAUGUUUACAAAGUCGGCCGUUCCGUGAUGAAACGAGACUUCCAAAAACAGAGUCAAUAUUAAUACGACUCGAAUGGCUUACGAGAGGUUCGUAAGAAUGAAGACUUUGACCUCCGUAAACUCACGGUCGUUCAGAUAGCGUUCAAAUGAGGAAACCCAACAGCGUUGUUUCUCUUUCUGUUAGCGUCGAGCUAAAACUCGAAACCGAAUCAGGAGCUCUCAGGGAACAGAGAAAUCGUGUUUUCUUUUUUUUUGUACGAAAGCCAGUUUUCGCCACUUUCCAACCCCAAAAAUCUCACAGUUCUUUGUUCUCGUUAUUAAUAACAACGCCGUUUAUUGAAGUGCGAGACGUAAACCCGUAGUUGCGUGCUCAGAAUCGUGAGAUAUAAUCUUUCGACGUAAAAAAACCCCCCCUCAGAAUUGCACGUUACCAUUCGCACGUUUAAUUUUUGCAUUCAGUGGUGGAAACGGGCUUCCGUGGAUAAUAAAAAUGCGAAAAUCGUUGAUGAAUCCGAAAUGCAAAAGGCUCGGGUAAAGCUUCGCCAAAUGAAUCCCACUUUUCAUGAGAUGGCAAACGAAAAGGGUCUGGAUGGGGCGAAAGGAAACAAAACUUGCAAAUGUCUUGUGGCAUUUACUGCGCCUCCACGCUGCAGGGCCGCUCCGCAUCUACGGGUACAUGAAUCUGAGUUCCACCGGCCAGAUGCCUGAGAUGGAAGAAGUAGAUACCAAUGAGAGCAACGGGUUGGCGAAGAGGGUUGCUCUCAUCAGCUUCCUGUCACUGGUCAUGCUCAUGAGCGUCCUGGGCAACCUGCUGGUUAUGGUGGCCGUCUGCAAAGACCGGCAGCUCAGGAAAAUCAAAACCAACUACUUCAUCGUCUCGCUGGCGUUUGCCGACCUGCUGGUGUCAGUGUUGGUGAUGCCGUUUGGUGCCAUAGAACUGAUCCAUCAGAACUGGAUCUACGGAGAGACCUUCUGCCUGGUGCGCACCUCUCUGGAUGUGCUGCUGACCACAGCCUCCAUCCUACACCUGUGCUGCAUCUCCCUGGACAGGUACUAUGCCAUCUGCUGCCAGCCGCUGGUUUACAGGAAUAAGAUGACACCGCUGAGAGUGGCUCUAAUGAUCGGAGGAUGCUGGAUUAUCCCAACCGUUAUUUCCUUCCUACCCAUAAUGCAAGGCUGGAACAGUAUUGGAAUAAAUGAUUUGAUAGAGAAGCGGAAGUUCUCUGGCAACUCCACGGUGUGUGUGUUUAUGGUGAACAAGCCAUAUGCGCUGACCUGCUCGGUCGUGGCCUUCUACUUACCGUUGAUCCUGAUGGUGCUGGCGUACCAGCGCAUCUACGUCACGGCGCGGGAACACGCUCGGCAGAUCAGCAUGCUGCAGCGGGCCGGAGGAGCGGGGAACGCCGACAGCGCGGACCACCAGCGCAACCACCGCAUGCGCACCGAGACCAAGGCGGCCAAGACUCUGUGCAUCAUCAUGGGCUGCUUCUGCCUGUGCUGGGCCCCCUUCUUCAUCACGAACGUGGUGGACCCCUUCAUAGACUACAGUGUUCCUGAGCAGCUGUGGGCGGCCUGUCUCUGGCUGGGCUACAUCAACUCCAUGCUCAACCCCAUCCUCUACGCCUUCCUCAACAAGUCCUUUCGUCGUGCCUUCCUCAUCAUUCUCUGCUGCGGACACAAGCGCUACCGCCGACCUUCCAUCCUGGGCCCGGGAACGACCUGCACGGCCACGCAGAUCAACGGCUCCACACACGUCCUGAACGGCUGCUCCUCUGCCUCCAAACUGCUCCUCUGGUUCUGCAACACUAGGCCCGUUCCUGUCUAGUGCUGUGUGGGGGAGCUUUCAAGUAUUCAGUUCUUCACAACGGAAACCACACAGAACAGGAGAAACUGUCAAUACAGAACGACACAGAGUCCCAGGAGUCAUGUUUCUGACACAGGCCAGCCUCUAAUGAGGAACAUCACUGGAAGGUGCCAUUUCUCACCGCCUUUCACGAGUCGAGGACCGGGAGCCGGACUGAACCGAUUGCUCAAAGAGCUGCUGAACAAUGAGGGAAAGAACAAUGUUGCCAAAGGUAUCUGGUCUGUAUUUUAGGAUACGGAUUUCCAUCGCAAAAGGAAUGUCGGUAAGGGUUUUCCCCAAAGUGUUCGUUUCCUUUUUGGUUCUCCUGGGAAUGCGGUUUCCAAACCAAAAACACGUCGUUCGAGCUUUAUCCAGAGAGACUUUUAUUAGCUCUAGAGUCAGGAGAACACUUCCUGAACAUGAAGAUGACACUCUGUUCAAAGAAAGAUUUAUUUUUCUUCUAUAAAGAAAAAAGUUAAUUCACACCACAGUAUUAAGAGUUAGAGCUGGGAGCAUUGCUGAGCGAUUUCUCCAAUUUCUAUUUUUGAACUGUUCCAAUGAUAAUUUCGUAAAUCAACAAUUAUAAAUGUAGCAUUGUCACACGAAUUUAAAUUUAAAAUGUUAAAAACAACAGGCCUGUUUCAAAAAUAUUCAAGCCUGUAUCCGACAGUGAAUUAAAAAAAAGCUAAUUACAACUUUUUAUCUUACGAUUCAGAUUUUUUUUCUCACAAUUCUGAAAAUGUUCUCAGUGUUUUGUGACGCACUUCCAGAUUCUAAAGUCAGAGCUGCGUGAUAGAAACGCUGUGAAAUAAAGCUGGACUUACAAGAUGCAUCCUGCAAUUGAAAAAAAAAACAUUGUGAUUAUAAAAAUAUAAAGUUGUGAUUCUGAGGGAAAAAAAGUUACAAUAAGAUAAAAAUUGUGAUAUAAACGCAAUUCUAAAAAAUAAAGUUGCACUUCUGAGAAAGUUAGAAUGCCAAAAUAUAAACUCGCAACUCUUAAAAAAAUAAUAAUGUGAAAUAUACUCGCAAUUCUGAGAAAUAAAGUUAUAAUUGCUAAAUAUAAACUCCCAAUUGUGACUUUUUCUCUCAUAACUCUCUCUAUUCAUUUGCAAGUUAAAUUGUGAGAUAUAAAUGUGCAACUGUAUGAACAUUUUUCCCCUCAGAAUUAGACUUUAGAAUUGCUAAUUUAGUCAAAGAAGUCAAAACUGGUAGAUAUAAAAUCUCAAUUUAUCCGCUUGCAGUUUAUAUCACGCAAUUCUGAGAAAAAAAGUCAUAAUAGUGAGUUCCUGUCUCGCAUUUCUGACUUCUCAAGUUUAUAUCUCAGUUUCGACUUUAACACAUGCAACUGGGAAUCUAUAUCUCACAGUUCUGAGAAAAAAAGUCAGAAUUGCAAUUAAUUCGUUGUCGUAAACAGGCUUCCAUAAAAAAAUAUGCCCCGAGAUUCUUCAAAAUGAUUUCAUAAAAACACUGCUUUUUAGACUCAUCCUUUAGAAUCCUUCUUAUAAAAAGGAUUUUGACAGGAAAUUAACUUUUGUUUUCUUCUAGCCAUGAAAUCUGGCUUGAAGAAAACAUAAAAACUCCAUUUUCUUACUGUGAAAUGAAAUCUCAUUUAUGUAGUAUAAGACUUCCGAAGUUCUUUGGGGAAUGAAGUGCGGCGCUCGCAGACUGGUUGAUGUAAUUCGGCUUCUUGUAAACCUCUCUGAAGACCCACAGGUGACCGUUCUCAGUCGGGUCACAUGCGUCACUAACCGCUUUCAUUUGCACGAUGGUUUCCGCCGCGAGGAUCUCCUCUGACGUGAUUCACCGGCAUAAACAGCGCGGCGUUUUUUUACUUAAAGCUCUAAAACUACACGAUGCCUGCUGACUGAGAAUGUGUCAGGUCUCUCCAAACAAAACCUCCGCUGACAGCAACCAGGGCCGGUCCUCCUAAACGCCGUCUUAAAAUGUUUUAGCCUUACUGAAGGUGACCAUCGUUUACUGCAAUACUGAAAAAGUCUGAAAAGAAGUCGUACCUUAAGUUGUCCAUGCAAAAGUUCUUAAAGGCGUAUAGUUCAUCCAACAAUGACAGUUUACUAUUUAUUCACCCUCGUGUACUUUCAAACUCUGUUGAAAAGGCCAUUUAUAUUCAAAGUAGUGAAUUUUGCAUUCAGAUUUGCCGGCCAUUUAAAUAUAAAUGCAUGAAGUUGAGAACUUCACAUGACGUUGACCACGCAGAUGUCACGUUAGCUUCAAGGUGGUCGAGUGAAUUUGCUUUAGUGACUUGGUUUGAAAAUGACAUUUGUGUAAGCUGCACUUUAUAAAUUCCGGCACGAUUGACAAUAGCCAAAAGAGUUUUUCCUGCAAAUUGUAGCCAGAAGUUCUCUAAUGGAAAUAUUGUAGCGGAAAUAGACCGUGAAACGUGUGUGUGUGUGCGUGUGCGUGCGUGUGUGUGUUGUACAACUUAUACAAGCUAAUCUGUUAUUACUCGUGCAUAAAAUUGAUAUGUUAUAUAAUACUGAGCUAACAACAGUAGUUUAACAUAAACCGUUUUCUGUCUAGUUUCAAAAUGUUCUGAAAUGUUCCAGAAGGCACUGGAAUAUUGCAGAAUUGUAACUUCAAGAAUGUUCCCUUCCUUGCAAAACCAUUUUAUAUAUAUAUAUAUAUA